UAUCAUUUGGCUAUAUAUAUGAGCCCCACACCUGGUAUGGAACCAGGAGGCUCAUGGAUUUGAAGCCGGCCCUGGAAACCAACAGGCAGAGACCCACCGCGAGUCCGGUGGCAAGCCAUGGCAAGCCGGAGUCGGACGGGUUCUCAUGGCUGCAGCCGCUGGCGCUGGCCUUCCUCACCUUCAACUCGGGCGCGGCCUUGUACAGAUCGAGGAGCGAUCCCUGGGGGGUGGCCUUCGUAGUCACCUCCUACGUUGAUCUGCUAUCGCUCUUCUGGUGCCUCCGCCGUUUCGAGAGCACCCACGAGGGCUCCCCCGGUAGAGGGAUUCUCAAAAUGGCCGUUUGGUCGCUUUCAACCCUCCUCACCGCCAUGUUCUCGUACCGCGUGGCAGCGAUGAUGCCACUGCCCGUUGCAGUGGUCGUGUGGGCCAUGGCUGGGCUCACGAUUGCUGCGGGCUUCUACGCCUUCUUCAUUUACAAAGAGAAGACGAACCCCAUCGACGUCCCAAACCCUUCGAAGGUCUGAACAAAGUGAGCGUGCAGCCAGCCUUCAGGAUCACCAUUCUACCACGCAACUUUUUUUCUUUUUUUCUUUUGAUCCCACUGUGUUAUGAAGGCAUCCUGAGACUUGCAGUAUUUUAAUUUCUUUGGAUGUAUCCACACUACAAAUAUAUAAAUCAUCCAUUGUAGUAAAACAGCUCGAAACUACUGUUAAAAUAAAUAAAUAAAUAAUCAUCUGUUUCUUUGUAAAGAAACAGAUAGCUCUCA